CUCAGCGUGACCGUGAUGGGCAGGGGGUUAGCACCCACAGCGGUUCGGGCUCCGGGCCCAGCCUCCCGCAGUGCCCGGCCUGACCUGCGGUCCCUCCCUCCCCCUUCCCCAGGGAUCGGAGCCGCUGCCCCAGAGGCCCUGGGCGCCACCAUGGCAUCUAACAGCACAAGGGAGGGCCCGCUGCCCCAGGCGGGGCUCUGGCUCUCCCUGGCCCUGGCCGGCCUCAUCGUGGCCGCCAACGUGCUGCUGGCGGUGGGAAUCGCCCGGGACCGCCGCCUCCGGAGGCCUCCUGCCGGCUGCUUCUUCCUAAGCCUGCUGAUGGCCGGACUGCUCACGGGGCUGGCGCUGCCCACGCUGCCGCUGCUGUGGGCUCGGAGGGGGCACGGCUACUGGCCCUGCCUGCUCCUCCACCUGGCCCCCAACUUCUCCUUCCUCUCUCUGCUCGCCAACCUCCUCCUGGUGCACGGCGAACGCUACCUGGCCGUCCUGAGGCCCCUCCGCCCGCCCCGAGGAACCUGCUGGGCCCUGCUGGCAACCUGGGUGGCCCCGCUGCUCUUUGCCAGCCUGCCCGCGCUGGGCUGGAAUCACUGGGCACCCGGUGCCAACUGCACAUCGCAGGCCAUCUUCCCCGCCCCUUACCUCUACCUGGAGGUUUACGGCCUCCUGCUGCCCUCUGUGGCGGCCGCCGCUCUCCUCUCCGCCCGGGUGCUGGCCGCUGCCCGGCACCAGCUCCGGGACAUCUGCCGGCUGGAGAGGGCGGUGUGCCGCGGCGCCCCUUCGCGGCUGGCCCGGAAGCUGGCCUGGCGCCAGGCGCGGGCACGGGCGGGUGCCACGCUCCUGUUCGGGCUGUGCUGGGGCCCCUACGUCGCUGCCCUGCUCCUCUCAGUGCUGGCAUUCGAGCAUCGGCCCCCCCUGGGGCCCGGCACCCUCCUGGCACUCAACUCUCUGGGCAGCGCCAGUGCUGCCCUUGUCCCUGUGGCCAUGGGGCUUGGGGACCGGAGGUACACAGCCCCUUGGAGGGCGGCGGCACUGAGGUCCUGGGGAGCGCUCCGGAGAACGGCUGGCCGCCCCAGAGCCCGGCAGGGCCCCAGGCCAGGGUGGCAGCCCGUGCAGGGCCAGUGCCUGAACGGGGAGGCAGGGGCACCCCCGAGCUCCGCCACAGGGCCCCCAAGGGCCAUUUCCCUGCUGACCCCCACAUCUGACUCCCAGCCUGCAGUUGCCUGGACAAGUGCAUCUGUCCCAGCCCACGGUGGUCCAGGGGAAGCCUCUCAUGGCAACAGGAGAGAUCAUCCCUCAGAAGGGGGUCCGGUGCUGCUCCCAGUGGGCGAGGCAGGGAAAGAGGGCGUCAGUCCCACCCCUGCCCAUCCCUCGCUGUCGCCCCUCCCUCCCCCUCAACUUCCCGUACACCAGGACUCUGGGAAUCAUAGUUUAUUUACAUUUUUUAAAACCUCUAUAAUCAUAAGCCCCUUCCUUCACCCCCCAGCCCCCGCAUCUCAAGGUCCUAGAAAGCCUGGAGGGGAGGGGAAGGGAGGGGAGGAGGAAAAAGCUUCUCAGGAGCUGCUCCCCAUCUCCCACAACCCCCAAGUGAAAUGGAGCCCCAAAACACCACAGGUGAAAGGUGAGAACAGCAGAGCUAAACUUCCCUCUGGAAGGUCAACACGAGGGAGAGGAGGGCAGUGUCAACGUGGAGAAAGGCGGGGGGCGGCAGCCUCCCUGGCAGCCCCUGGGUGGGGGGGGCCAGCCCCCCGCCAUCUCCCUUCUCCCUAUAAAACGAGAGCCCAGAGCAGGGACGGCAGGAGCACUAACGGUCGGGUCUCUGGACGCUGCCCACGCUGCCGCUGCUGUGGGCUCGGAGGGGGCACGGCUACUGGAACCCGCUGGGCCCUGCUGGCAACCUGGGUGGCCCCGCUGCUCUUUGCCAGCCUGCCCGCGCUGGGCUGGAAUCACUGGGCACCCGGUGCCAACUGCACAUCGCAGGCCAUCUUCCCCGCCCCUUACCUCUACCUGGAGGUUUACGGCCUCCUGCUGCCCUCUGUGGCGGCCGCCGCUCUCCUCUCCGCCCGGGUGCUGGCCGCUGCCCGGCACCAGCUCCGGGACAUCUGCCGGCUGGAGAGGGCGGUGUGCCGCGGCGCCCCUUCGCGGCUGGCCCGGAAGCUGGCCUGGCGCCAGGCGCGGGCACGGGCGGGUGCCACGCUCCUGUUCGGGCUGUGCUGGGGCCCCUACGUCGCUGCCCUGCUCCUCUCAGUGCUGGCAUUCGAGCAUCGGCCUCCCCUGGGGCCCGGCACCCUCCUGGCACUCAACUCUCUGGGCAGCGCCAGUGCUGCCCUUGUCCCUGUGGCCAUGGGGCUUGGGGACCGGAGGUACACAGCCCCUUGGAGGGCGGCGGCACUGAGGUCCUGGGGAGCGCUCCGGAGAACGGCUGGCCGCCCCAGAGCCCGGCAGGGCCCCAGGCCAGGGUGGCAGCCCGUGCAGGGCCAGUGCCUGAACGGGGAGGCAGGGGCACCCCCGAGCUCCGCCACAGGGCCCCCAAGGGCCAUUUCCCUGCUGACCCCCACAUCUGACUCCCAGCCUGCAGUUGCCUGGACAAGUGCAUCUGUCCCAGCCCACGGUGGUCCAGGGGAAGCCUCUCAUGGCAACAGGAGAGAUCAUCCCUCAGAAGGGGGUCCGGUGCUGCUCCCAGUGGCCGAGGCAGGGAAAGAGGGCGUCAGUCCCACCCCUGCCCAUCCCUCGCUCCCCCGCAUCUCAAGGUCCUAG